AUGCUUACAGCCUCGUUGACGCAAUUGAAAGAGCUCGCAGCAUGGCUGUUGGGCAAGACCCCAGAGUAUCGGGUCAUGAUUAUGGGCUUCGAUGCCGUGGGGAAAACUACGCUGCUGUACCAAUUGAAACUGCCUAAUGAGAAGAUCACCACCAUUCCCACCAUUGGGUUCAAUGUCGAGACGGUGGAAAGCUCACAGGGCCACAAGUUUACAUUUUGGGAUGUUGGAGGUUGUGAUAAAAUCAGACCCCUAUAUCGACACUACUUCCCCGGCACAGACGCCUUCUUAUUCGUAGUCGACUGUUCAGAUGCCGAAAGAUUCAACCAAGUUGUUGAAGAAAUACAGCGUAUUCUCAUGGACGUGUCUGACGAACCCGGCAAGAAGAAGCUGUGGGUUGUCCUCAACAAGCAGGAUCUCCUCCCGCUAGAAAAGCGCGAUGAAGUAGUCAAAGGCAUGAGAGAAAGAUUAGAGAAGGACCUAGCCAGAUGUGUAAAGUACGGACCGGUACGCAUCUUUGGACCAACUGGCUUCAACGCUUUCGAGCAUCAUCACGCCUCCGCGUUACUGGAAGAGGUCGCCGACGCAAUGCAGGGCAAGGAGCCUGCCAAGCCAUCAACAACAAAGAAAUCCGACAAGUUGGACAAUGUUGUCAGUGAAGCAGAUUUGAAACAGCGCAUCGAAGAAAACGCCAAGGAAAAUGGAGCGCCUUCUGAGGAGUUCUGGCAAAAUUUCCUUGACGCAGACUUGCCUGUCUGGGACCACUACAACCAUCUGCGAGCGGGCUAUCUUGUGCUUCUGGAGGGAAUUGCCUACAGAAAUAGUGUCAUGAACUGCGCGGACAUGUUUAUGAAUCAUUUGGAUAUGUUGAGGGCCAAGAAACCGGAGAGAUUCAGAAACACGACGCACCGAACCAUGACGAUAUUCUGGCUCUUUCAGCUGCAAGUAGCUGCUGUCAGAUACGCACACUUCAAAAACUUGAUAGGUCUCCCUUCUCGAGACGACUUUGUCCCUAUGCUCUUCCACACCCCGGAGAUUAUUGACGCCGGGCUAUGGCGAAAACAUUACUCCAAAGAGCUCAUGUUUUCGCCUAAAGCCCGCGCCAGCUGGGUCUUGCCCGACAUGGCACCAUUGCCGUCUAUUACGCACCCCGUUGAGCGGGAAUCCACGUCAGAAGAGUUACUACAGGAGGAUAAGGACCUUUUGAUACGAUUUGCUCUGACCGUUAUUCAGAGCACAUCUGGGACUAACCUUCGACGGGGGGAAGUCAUCAAGAAUGCGUUGAGUACCUUGCAGACAUCCAUCAUGCAGAAGAGAGCGUCAAUGGUGAAUAUAGAACCCUACUCGGAGACACAGGCCUAUUUCUGGAUUCAGUUCGUCCAUGCGGCCCUUGCGUCUCUCCAGUCGGUGCCUGGGUCCGGAUUAAAGGGCAUGGCUGGGUGGCACGGGUCAAUGAACACUCUGACACUCGCGGCAUUCAAGGCUCUCUUCGACAUAUCUGGUAACGAGUGGCAAGUGUACUACUCACGACCACUGUGGGAAAGCAUGAAGGCCCGUAUUGGCUUUGUCAAUCCUGAUAAAAAGCCUUUACCCGGGCUUAUUUCCAUCCCACCACAGUCCAACACCAAGGGCAUCAAACUGAAGACCAUGUCCAAAGGUGGACUCGGCAUCGCCACAACACAACGAAUGCCGCCACCAGAAAGUCUUGCCGUGAUGGUAGCAGCUGUAUGUGAUGCAGCGGCUUUGUCGGAGGCAGACUCCAUGGCCGGGAUAGUCAAGACACAUUCGGAGCUUAUUGUGUUUCUGUACGAUAGGCUGGUGGCUAGCCUGAGUUCUCGAAACGACUUAGAUGGUAGCCUAGUUGCCGCUUCGAAGAGACGAAAUGAUCUUGUGGAAGCUAUUGACGAAGCGUUGGAGGUUUCAGGCCCGUCGAUUGAAGGGCUUACACGCAAAAUGUUUUGGAUCCAGCAGGUUUUGGCGGCUGCUGAACAAACUGCGGAGAACUCGACAUUCGACCACUUUAUGAAUUCGAAUCCUCACCUGGCGUAUGAGGGCUUGCCUUUGAUGUAUUACUCUGAGAUGAUUUUGAAUAGUAGUGAAGCCAAGGAGGUGUUUAUACCUCCUGAUCGGAGACCGUUUCCUAGCGUGGUUGCUGCAGGGCAGCGGUCUUCAACGUAG